AUGUCGGAAUACUGGAAGUCGACGCCUAAAUACUGGUGCAAGUUCUGCUCGACCUACGUGCGCGACACGGCUCUCGAGAAGAAGUCACACGAGGCCACUCCGAAGCACCAGAACAACAUCCAGCGUUCCUUGCGCGACAUCCACAAGAAAACAGAACGAGAGGACCGUGAGAAGCAGCGCGCCAAAGAUGAAGUCGCUAGACUGAACGGCCUGGUCUCUGGCAAACAACAAUCAAAUCCCUCCGUCGCCUCUGCCUCGCAAUCUUCUGCUCCCAAACUCAAGUCCACCGCCCCGACCGGUCCUGCUUCUGUUGCCGAGCGCAAGCGCCAGAUGGAACAGCUCGCUGCCAUGGGUGUCGCUAUCCCUGAAGAAUACCGUCGCGACAUGUCUAUUCAAGGAGAAUGGUCCACUGUCUCCGAGACUCCUGUCUACUCGCGCCCGGUCAAAUCUACCGACGACGAUGAAGAUGAAGAUACCAAGGCUUUCGGCGUGAGGAAGCGCAAACUUGACGACGAGGAAGAACAAGAUCUAAAGUUAGCCCCCAAAGCCUGGGGCUCACGACUGAAAUCAUACCCUGGCGCAAGUAGCAAUGCCGAAGAAGAUCUAGAUGCUUUGCUCUCUAGCGCCACCACCAAGAAGGAAGUCAAGUCUGAAGCGACAGAUCUGCUAAAGGAAGAGGCUGAUCUCGAUACUGCUAAUUCCAUUGCUGCUGUGCCAGACAUUGCCGAAGCUGCUUCUGCCGAGUCUGAAGUCAAGGCGGAACCUAAACAAGACCAGGACGCUCCCGUCGUCUUCAAGAAGCGCAAAUCCAAGCGCUGA